GGUGGUGAAAGAAGAGAUCUCGGAUGACAAUGCCAAGCUUCCCUGCUUCAACGGCCGGGUGGUGUCAUGGCUGGUGUCUGCGGAGGGUUCCCAUUCAGAUGCUGGCUCGGUCUGUGCCGAUAACCAAACAGAGCUGCCGCCCUCCAUGGAGCGCACAGGAGGAAUUGGAGACUCCAGGCCCCCCUCUUUCCACCCUAACACUGGGGGGAGCCGGGAAAACUUGGACAAUGAGACAGAGACAGACUCAGUGGUCUCAUCGCAAAGGGAACGACCUCGUCGGAAAGAUGGGCCUGAACAUGCACCCAGGGUGAAUGGGACAGUGAAGGGAGAGCGGCGCCGAGACCUGGGCGGGUACGAGAGCUCCUCCACACUCAUGAGCAGUGAGCUGGAGACCACCAGCUUCUUCGAUUCAGAUGAAGAUGACUCCACCAGCAGGUUUAGCAGUUCGACAGAGCAAAGCAGUGCUUCCCGUCUAAUGAGGAGGCACAAGCGACGCCGGCGGAAACAGAAGGCUCCACGCAUUGAGCGGUCAUCGUCCUUCAGCAGCAUCACAGACUCCACCAUGUCCCUGAACAUCAUCACAGUCACGCUGAACAUGGAGAAAUACAACUUCCUGGGCAUUUCUAUUGUGGGACAGAGCAAUGAGCGUGGGGACGGAGGCAUUUAUAUUGGCUCUAUCAUGAAGGGUGGCGCUGUGGCAGCUGAUGGCAGGAUUGAGCCAGGAGACAUGCUCUUGCAGGUAAAUGACAUCAACUUUGAGAACAUGAGCAACGAUGAUGCUGUGCGGGUGCUGAGGGAGAUUGUGCACAAGCCAGGGCCCAUCACCCUGACAGUGGCCAAGUGCUGGGACCCCAGCCCCCGGGGCUGCUUCUCGUUACCCAGGAGUGAGCCCAUCCGGCCCAUUGACCCGGCAGCCUGGGUAUCUCACACGGCAGCGAUGACUGGCACCUACCCAGCGUACGGUAUGAGUCCAUCCAUGAGCACAAUCACUUCCACCAGCUCCUCCAUCACCAGCUCCAUCCCAGAGACUGAACGCCUCGAUGACUUUCACCUGUCCAUCCACAGUGACAUGGCCACCAUUGUCAAAGCCAUGGCCUCACCAGAGUCAGGCCUGGAGGUGCGUGACCGCAUGUGGCUGAAGAUCACCAUCCCCAAUGCCUUCAUUGGUUCGGAUGUGGUGGAUUGGCUCUAUCACCAUGUGGAGGGCUUUACAGACCGUCGCGAAUCCCGCAAAUACGCCAGCAAUCUGCUGAAGGCUGGCUACAUCCGACAUACCGUGAACAAGAUCACCUUCUCGGAGCAGUGCUAUUACAUCUUCGGGGACCUCUGUGGAAACAUGGCUAAUCUGUCUCUUCAUGAUCAUGAUGGCUCCAGCGGUGCCUCUGAUCAGGACACUUUGGCUCCGCUCCCCCAGCCAGGAGCCGCACCCUGGCCUAUGGCUUUCCCGUAUCAGUAUCCACCGCCUCAUCCAUACAACCCCCACCCCGGCUUCCCUGACCCAGGCUACAGCUACGGAGGGGGUAGUGCAGGCAGCCAGCACAGUGAAGGGAGCCGGAGCAGCGGUUCCAAUCGCAGCGGCAGCGAGAGGAGGAAGGAGAGAGAGAAGACUGGGGAGUCCAAGUCAGGCGGCAGUGGGAGCGAGUCGGACCACACCACGCGGAGCAGCAUGCGGCGUGAGCGCGCGGCAGCGAGCGCUCGGGGCCAGCCGCCUCCGCCGCCUUCAGCCAUGGGGCCCCCCGGGGCGCCGCCAGGCCGUGACCUGGCCUCUGUGCCCCCCGAACUGACAGCCAGUAGACAGUCCUUCCGAAUGGCCAUGGGCAACCCCAGUGAGUUCUUUGUGGAUGUAAUGUGA